GGGAAGGUCUUUGGAGUAAGGUUUUUGCCUUGUGAGUGGAGGGGUUUGGAGCCAGGGAUUUAGUCCCUGGGAGCCGGUCUAGGUUUGCUUUUUGGCCGGACUGUCGCAUGCAUUGGAGGCGUGAUCAGAGGGUUCUCCUGUGGAAUGUCAUCAGUGGUUAUGUGUGUAUGAGAGGCACCCAAAUGCCUUAGAGGAUGGUGGGAUAGACACUGCUUCUUGCUGCUCUGGUGCCCUAUGUCCACACUAGACUGUCUUGGUCUAGUCAUCAGCUGUCAUGCUGCCUGUGUGGUGGUUUGUGAGUGCCAAGGGGUGAGCUGCGUGCUGGGUGUGUAGGGCAAAGAUGUGGCUAGCAGUGCUCCUAGAGGGAGGUGGUUCUCCACCUCUGCACAGGGCUGCUGAGGUGGGAAGCCAUUCUCUGUGAGUGCAGCUGGGGAUUUCGGCUGCUCCGCUGAGCGGGCUGGAAAGCACUGCCCAAUUAACAAUCCUGCUUUUUGCCCGCGCAUCUGCCCUGGACGUCCAGCCCUGGGUUGGAGCAUUAGAAAUGCUGCUGCUGAGGGCCAGAGCCUGAGAAUAAUGGACUGGAAAUGUUAACUCCUCUUCUCUUCUGUAUUUGCUCAUGAGCUAAACAUGAAAUUGCAGGAGAUGGAGCCUCUGGCCUGCAUCAGUUCAGCAUCACUGAGCCUCUGUCAUGGCUUCCAUCAGAAAACAAGUUAUUCUCUCAAAUGCACAGGUUGCUCUGAGUUGCAGAGCUCCUUGGGCAGCAUCAUUCUCUGCCCCCUCCCCAGGGCUGCCACUGCCAGACCCUGCCCACUAUGAUGUCUCUUUCCCUGCCUGUGUCCAGGGCUGUCCUGCUGCAGGCUGCUGAACCUUCUGCAGAGAGUAGCCAUUGGCCUUUGCUUUGGGUGUCCUGGGCUCUGUCUUCCUCAAGUUUCCCCUUCGCUUUGCCUGCUCUCCUAGGACUGGGGAUGUUCUCACUAUUGUGCCCGGAGGGGUGCGUGCAGAGCGGUGAGGUGCCACCUGCCCCAGUGGCCAAGUGAAGCCUUUCUCCCCACAGCAUCCUUCACACACACCCUCUCCAAAUCCUCCAUCCCCUCAACCAAAGGGUUAGUCUUUAAUGCACAGUCUUUGAUCUCUGUGGUUCUCUCUGCUUCUGGGACUGACACGGAAACUGCCGCAGCUCCUCCUCCAGGCUGCUGCUUCACACGCUGUAGCCACCCCCGCCCUCUCUCACUACCAAAGCAGAAGGUUGAAGCUUGCCAUGCUAGAAACCUGUCCUCUCUGGAGGGAAGUCUGCUGAGGAAGUCUGGACAGUGUGGGCCCCGGGGCUCAGCUCCUUCCUCUCCUUAGGGCUGUGUGUGAUUCAGACCCCCAGAGUCUGUAGAGGAGCAGGGACCUGUGAUCCAAGAAGGCACUGUCCCGGCCAUGCUGCCAUGGGCGGGGGUGCUGGGCUUCCUCCUGCUGCUCAUCCUCCUGCGUGUCUGGGUUUGGGUCCCAAGCAGCUCUGGGGCCCAGCUGGUCUGCAAGCCCUCUGCGCUGGCUUCCUACCUGGAGAGCCAGUGUCAGGCCUUGAAAGGCCUAUGCGAAGCCAGCUGGCCAUGGAGGGCUCUCCCCUCCCUGCAGACACUGGCCAGUCUGAUGGGGCCCCUGGAUAGCAGGGUGCAUUUCGUAAGGACCUAUCUGCAGCUGAGUGAUGAGGGGCUGGUGGCUCUGGACUGGGCAGUGGGGCCAGCACAGCAGGAGAGGAGGCAGACAUCCAGCACCUGCAGCGCACCCGUCCUGCUGCUUGUCCCCAACUCCUUCGGGAAGGUCACCCGCAACAUCAGCAAGCUGUGUCACGUGGCGCUCCUUCAUGGCUACCGUCCUGUUGUCUUUAACCGCCGUGGUCAGAAUGGCUGCCCCCUAAGCACCACCACACUGCAGCCAUAUGGCGAUCCUGCUGACCUGCGAGAAGCCAUCCAGUACAUCUGUUCCCGGUGCCCAGGGGCCCUGCUCUUUGCAGUGGGGGAGAGCACUGGGGCAGGGCUCCUGUUCUCCUACCUGGGAGAAUGUGGUUCCUCUAGCCAUCUGACAGCUGCUGGCUGCAUCUCCCCCAUCUUUCACCCUCGGGGCUGGUUUGAAGCUGGGUGCCCCUGGCUAUGGCAGCAACUCUUGCUCAUGUCCCAGAAGGUGUGGCUCAGCCGGUUUGCCACGGUGCUAGGGGAGGUUCUGCCCCUGGAUCGUUUCUUUGAGGGCCAGUCACUGAGGGAGCUGGAGGAGGUCUUGUUCUGCCAGUCCCAGACCUGGGACUUGUACUGGGAGAGGAACGACUCCCUACGGGAUGUGGAUGAGGUGGCAGUACCAGUGCUGUGCAUCUGCAGCCAGGACGACCCUGUGUGUGGGGUCCCCAGGGACACUCUGCCCUUUGAGCUGUUUGAGACAAACCCCUACUUCUUCCUAGUGCUCACUCAGGGAGGCGGACACUGUGGCUUCUUCAAGGAUAGCCUGUGUGGUGCCUUCUGGAGCCAUGAGGUGCUGCUGCAGUUCUUCCACACCACUGUGGAUUUCCUCCUCACAGAGGAUAAACUGAGGGGCCAGGCCAAGAAGAGAGGGGACAGGCCGGUGCUGAAGGUCACCCAGGGCAGAAGUGGCUGCAGGCAGGAGUCCUGCUGCCCCCACAAUAGCCCUGACAUUUACCGCUGGCAGCGCUCCUACACCCGCUGACAGCUGGUCUUCACUCGGCACCUGGAGGAUGAUCUGGUGAACGUUCCCGAGAGCCCCCGUGUAUGCUUGGAACUGUGACUCUUUGUAACAAGAACUGGGCCAUCCCUAGGGUGGUGCAGGACCCGGGCCAGAAGUGACGAGGUUCAUCUCUUCCAGGACCGACCACACCGGCCAAUCGCACUGGCCUGUGGGGCCUCCCGAAGCACAGGGCCCGGUGCGGUCACCCCAAUUCACACUGUCCAAGGGACGGUUCAGAACAAGAACAUAGUAUUUCAGUGAACAAACGGAUCAUGUUAGAUGAUAACAGCAGCGUGACAAAGGUGCUGCAUCCUGGCUGGGUGUCAGCAUCUCAGGUGCUGCCCUGUCAGAAGUGGUAUUUGUGUCCCAGUGCCGAUGGCUCCUGGUCAUGGUAAUGUGAUGUGUUUUUGUGCCUUUGCUGGUGGUUGCCAGGUGCUGUGAUGUCCCAGUGCUAGAAGAUUGGGGCCCAGCCAGGUGCUGUGCUGCAAUGGAGCAGAGGGGCAUGAAUGAUUCUUAUUUAUUUUGUAGCACCCGAAUUUGUGCUUGGUGCUUCAUGGAAGCCGUAUAAAGACACAGGCCCUGCUGCAGUGAACAUAUCUCUAGGUUUUACAUGUGUCCAAGCAAAUGGUAGCUGAGAGGUGGGAGGGAGGCCAAGGGCUGCAGCAGAAUGAUCAGGGGUGACUCAGGGUCACUGCCUGGGCAGCAUUUUGGGCCUGUUACUUUUUUUCCAUAUAAAAAUAAGGACAGUAAAGCUCUAAAACAGUAACUGGCAUAGAUUCCCUUCCUGAGGCUGGGACUGCUAUACGUAGGUGGGUGAUGCAGUGCUAGACACUCCUGGGUCCUCAUCUGUAAUGCACCCCUGGCGUGUAGUCGUACCUUCUUGCCGGUGUGUGCAGGCUAAUCCUUCAUUAAUGUUACAUGACAAGACUAAAGGAUGCUUGAAAUGUUA